AACCAUAGACGGCAAGAUCCGAGGCUUCCGUGUACCAUCCUGCGAUCGGGUCACCAUGGAGUGGGUUCUACAAGCAGGCAGCGGACAAUUGGGCUACAAAAGAGGACCGAUGGCCACAGGGGAAGCCGAAAUGGGUGCCGUAGGUGCCGCGGGUUGUGCUAUGGGUGCCACGGGCUCGGUUCUCACUUCUCACACUGCCUCUGCCCGAGUCUGCCGCCUCUCACUCUUAGACUCUCUAUGUCUGUCACCUAGGUCACCUUCGACCUUCCCCUUUGGCCCUCCCCUACCUUAUUCAUUUCUCCAGUUCUCACACUGCCUCUGCCUCCUCUCACUCUUGGACUCUCUGUGUCUCUCACCCCUUUGGCCUUCCCCUACAAAUCUCAACCUUAAAUCCCCCACUGCACCGCUGUUGCGCCGUUGCUGCGCCCCUGCCAACGCUUAUGUCAAUUAUGGAAAUCCUCAAGACGGUAAAAUCAGUGAAAUUUGGACUGGUAUCUUUGUGUUGUGUUGUUUGGAUGUGAAUCUGACUUUGAAUUUGAUGUUUCCAAUCUUGAUUGAUUGGGUGAUAUUCAUAUGAUCAAUGGGAGCAUGUUUGGAUGUUUUUCAAUUCUGGAUUUCUAUUUUAUUAAUAUGUAAUUUGUCUUGAUUACAGAGAAUUU